UAGCGGAGAGGACGCAUGCGCGGUCCGGCCGCGCUCGGCGGGAUGCUGCGAGUCUAUACGAACAUCUGCGUCGCACGUCUCGGCGCCGCAAAUGCCCAACGCGCCCUUAACCAAUAUAAACACGCGGCAACUAUAACUCCACUUUUAUAAUAACUUGACAAACUAUAUAGAAACUUUUAAGUUAUGUUUGUGGCUGUGCUGGUUGGCGGUUUUUUGCUCUUAAGCCUGCAAGUUGACGCAAAAGGAGCGAUCUACUUGACGACUAAAAAUGGAACAUUUCCAAUAUCGCUGACCGCGAAGUCCCGUGAGGCGGUGUCGCAACACUCUCCCAAGAUUUUGUCCAGCGCUGAUACAAAAACUCCGGAAGCCCCCGGUUAUAGCGACCGCGACUACUGGGAGACUGACAAAAUCCUUUCCAAUUAUUUGAACAUAACGUUCGGUGAAAUGGACACGCGCUAUAUGUGGAAAAACAAAAGGAGCAUCAACGACGCGGUUUCCAGAAACAUCACGCUGGUGCUUGAGAACCUUUUGAAGAAUUAUGAGAACUCGCAGCUCCCUACUCAUGGAAAAGGGUACCCUACAGUUGUGCAAACCAAUAUAUUGAUAAGGAGUAUGGGCCCGAUAUCAGAGCUUGAUAUGGACUAUUCAAUGGACUGCUACUUCAGGCAAUACUGGCGCGACACCCGACUCUCCUUCCUCGGGCCCAUUCGCUCGCUGUCACUAUCCAUCAAGAUGCUCGAGCGGAUCUGGCGCCCAGACACCUACUUCUACAAUGGCAAACAUUCCUAUGUGCACACUAUAACUGUGCCCAACAAGCUGUUAAGGAUCAGUCAGCAUGGUGAUAUAUUGUACUCGAUGAGGUUGACUAUUAAAGCUAAAUGCCCCAUGGAGCUUCGGAAUUUUCCAAUGGAUCGCCAGUCCUGUCCACUUAUACUUGGUAGUUAUGCGUACUCCAACCAGCAGCUGGUGUACCAGUGGCAGAACACGCAAAGCGUCAACUUUGUCCCGGGAAUGACGCUGUCCCAGUUCGACCUAAUCAGCUUCCCUUACCGAAACUUCACCUUCACCAGGCGAGAAGGAGAUUUUUCCGUGCUUCAAGUAUCGUUCAACCUGCAGCGACACACUGGGUACUUCCUCAUCCAAGUAUACGUACCGUGCAUCCUCAUCGUAGUCCUCUCCUGGGUAUCCUUCUGGAUACACCGCGAGGCAACGUCGGAUCGCGUGGGCUUGGGAAUCACAACGGUGCUGACCCUGUCCACCAUAAGUCUGGACUCUCGCACGGAUCUGCCCAAGGUGCGAUACGCGACGGCCCUGGAUUGGUUUCUACUCAUGAGCUUCUUCUACUGCAUCGCUACUCUUCUUGAAUUUGCUGGCGUCCAUUACUUUACCAAGGUCGGCUCUGGCGAGAUCGUGAUAGACGACGCGGAAUGGGAAGAGCUAAUAGAGGAGGUGGGGGGCGACGCGUUUGCCGCGCGGCAACUCGCCGCUCGCCGCCGGAGUUCCGCCAGAUCCUCUGCCAACUACAGUUUCUCUCUGCCGCAACAAAGCAACUGCCCCCCGGAUGCCGGCUCUGAGCCCGUGGUCCGCCUGACCAUGGAACGCACCACACAGACGGAGUCGCGCGUGCCUGGCUGGCGGCAGCUGCUGUACUGCCUCGCCGGGGACGACCUUUACCGGAGGAAGCGGCAGGUCGAAGCUGGUGAGGACUUCCAACUACCACCAAGCAACUAUAAAACAUCCUUUCCUUCCUUCAAGUAA